AUCAUCAUUAUCAUCAUCAGUAUCACAUCUCUCUCUCUCUCUCUCUCUCUCUCUCUCUCUUAUAAGGGAGUGAACCAUUUUAUUGUUUUCCUGUAACACGAAAAGUUGAACAAAACUAGGCAGGCAUGACUGCAAUUCAAAAGCCAUGUAUUCUUCUUUUUCUUAUUCUCUUCCUCGUCUGUCUUCCAUUAGAGAUCAAGUCAUCAGCAGCAACACAAGCAGAAGCUCUAGUCAAAUGGAGGAACAGCUUAUCACCAUCUUCUUCUUCUCUCAAUUCAUGGUCUCUGACCAACCUCAAAAACCUCUGCAACUGGACUGGCAUUCUCUGCAAUUCUGCUGGAGCAAUCACCAACAUAAACCUCUCCAAUUCAAAUCUUGCUGGAACACUUGAAAAUUUCAGUUUCACUUCAUUCCCAAAUCUCACCCAUCUCAACUUCAACAACAACAGCCUCACCGGAUCAAUACCAACCUCCAUUGGCAACCUCUCUAGGCUCAGUUUCUUGGAUUUGAGCAACAACCUUUUCUACAACUUGAUUCCUUUGGAGAUUGGAACGUUGACAGAGCUUCAAUACCUUAGUUUCCUCAACAACAACCUCAAUGGUACUAUUCCACAUCAAAUUAGUAGUCUCCAAAAGGUAUGGUACUUGGACCUUGGAUCAAACUACUUAACAACCCCAGACUGGUCUCUGUUUUUAGGUUUGCCUAUGUUGACUUACCUUAGCUUUUCUUACAAUGAACUCACUUUGGAAUUCCCAGAUUUCAUACCCAAAUGCUUGAACUUGACAUACCUUGACUUGUCAUUAAACCUUUUCACUGGCCUAAUUCCUGAAUCAGUGUUCACCAAUUUGGGCAAGCUUGAAUAUCUCAACCUCACUGCUAAUUCAUUUGAAGGGCCUUUGUCAUUGAAUUUUUCCAAUCUUUCCAGGCUCAAAGAUCUUCGCCUGGGAACAAACAUUUUCACCGGUCCAAUUCUUGAUAACAUCGGUUUAUUAUCUGAUCUUCAAGUCAUUGAACUUUAUAAUAAUUCAUUUGAAGGAAAAAUUCCUUCUUCCAUAGGCCAACUUAGGAAGCUUCAAGAGCUUGAUCUUCACAUGAACUGCUUGAAUUCUACAAUUCCUUUUGAGCUUGGCCUCUGUACUAAUCUGACCUUCUUAGCUCUAGCCUUGAAUUCGUUUGAGGGGGAAUUGCCUUCAUCCUUGUCAAACUUGAACAUGAUAGCUGAAUUGGGUUUAUCUGAUAACUUUCUUUCUGGUGAGAUUUCACCUUAUUUCAUCUCCAAUUGGACCCAACUGACUUCUUUGCAGCUUCAGAACAAUUCUUUCACCGGAAAAAUUCCAUCUGAAAUCGGCCUAUUGACACAGCUCAAUUACCUUUUUCUUUACACUAAUCAGCUCUCUGGCUUAAUCCCACCAGAGAUUGGAAACUUGAAAGUGUUGACGGGUCUAGACCUAUCAAGAAACCAGCACUUCGGUCCAAUUCCUCGGACAAUUGGGAAUCUUAAAAACCUUGCUGUCUUGCAUCUCUUUUCCAACAAUCUUAGCGGAACAAUUCCUCCAGAAAUUGGAAAUCUGAGUUCAUUGCAAUCUCUUGAUCUCAACACCAACCAAUUGAGUGGGAAGUUUCCUAAUACACUAUCUAGCCUUACUAAGCUACAAGCACUCUCUCUCUACACCAAUAAUUUCUCCGGAAGCAUCCCUGGAGACUUUGGGAAGAACAGUCUCUUGUUGUCGAAUGUUAGCUUUUCUGACAACGGCUUCUCCGGAGAACUACCACCGGGAUUGUGCAAUGGUCUUGCUCUCGAGGAAUUGACAGUGAAUGGCAACAAUUUCACUGGGCCAUUGCCGGAAUGCUUGAAGAACUGCUCUUCACUAACUAGAGUCCGGCUUGAAGGAAACCAAUUGUCCGGUAACAUUUCAAAUGCAUUCGGAGUCCACCCAAAUCUUUAUUUUAUCUCUCUCAGUGGCAAUCAGUUUUCCGGUGAACUCUCACCAGAGUGGGGAGAAUGCAAAAAUCUCUCAAAUGUGCAAAUGGAUGGAAACAAGAUUUCUGGUUCAAUCCCGGCUCAGCUAGGCAACUUGACCCGGUUGGGAAUCCUAAACCUUGGCUCAAAUGGAUUGACAGGUAAAAUUCCCGCUGAAUUGGGGAAUUUACACCUUCUGCUCAAGCUCAAUCUUAGCAACAAUGGUUUAUCAGGAGAUAUCCCUCAGAAUAUAGGUGACUUAGCAAACCUGCAAGAUCUUGAUUUGUCGACAAACAAGUUGACAGGGAAUAUUCCGAAAGAACUUGGCAACUGUGAGAGCUUAUUGAGCUUGAAUUUAAGCAACAAUGCUCUAUCUGGGGACAUACCAUUUGAGCUCGGAAACUUACUAGAAUUGCGCUAUAUUUUCGAUCUCAGUAGCAAUUCAUUAUCAGGAACAAUUCCACCUAACUUGGGAAAGCUUACUUCACUGGAGAAUUUGAAUUUAUCUCAUAACAAUCUCACAGGAAAUAUUCCUUCAGCCUUGUCUGGCAUGAUUAGUUUGCAGUCUAUUGAUUUUGCCUACAAUGAGUUGUCCGGUCCAAUCCCUGCUGGCAACAUUUUCCAACAAGCACCAGCAAAUGCUUUCAUUGGAAAUUUAGGUUUGUGUGGAAGUGCAGAAGGAUUAUCCCAAUGUAAUUCAACUAAGCCAAGUGGGAAAUCGCAUAGGCUCACUAAAAAGGUUCUUAUCCGUGUCAUUGUCCCGGUUAUCAGCUUGUUUUUGGCAAUUAUCAUUGCUGGAUGCCUCGUCCUUCACAAGCAAUCCAGGCAACGUGAUGAAGAGACUCAAAGCACCGAGGCAUAUCAAAAUUCGGAGUCACUGAUUUGGGAAAGAGAAGGAAAAUUCACAUUUGGAGAUAUCAUGAGAGCCACCGAGGACUUCAAUGAGAAGUACUGCAUUGGAAGAGGAGGGUUUGGAAGUGUUUACAAAGCGUUGUUGCCCAUGGGCCAAACAGUAGCAGUUAAAAGGCUCAACGUGUCAGAUUCUAACGACAUUCCAUUGAUGAAUCGUCAAAGUUUUGAGAAUGAGAUUCGGACUUUAACAGAAGUUAGGCACCGGAACAUCAUUAAGCUUUACGGUUUCUGCUCUAAGCAGGAAAGCAUGUACUUGGUUUAUGAAUAUGUAGAGAGAGGUAGUUUAGGCAAAGUGUUGUACAGUGAUGAGGGUGCAGGGGAACUAGGGUGGGGCACAAGAGUGAAAAUUGUUCAAGGAGUGGCUCAUUCACUUGCAUACUUGCAUCAUGAUUGCUCUCCUCCUAUUGUCCAUCGGGAUGUAUCAGCAAACAACAUUUUGCUCGAAUCAGGCCUCGAGCCACGCCUCUCAGAUUUCGGAACAGCGAGGCUGUUGACCCCAGGUUCAUCUAACUGGACCACGGUUGCAGGGUCUUAUGGCUACAUGGCUCCAGAGCUAGCAUUUACUAUGAGGGUCACAGAGAAAUGUGAUGUUUAUAGCUUUGGAGUGGUUGCGCUGGAAGUUAUGAUGGGGAAGCAUCCUGGGGAACUCUUAACUACCAUAUCAACGUCGUCAUCAUCACCGUCAUUGGCCAACGAUCAAGAUUUGUUUUUGAAGGACGUGCUUGAUCAGCGACUCUUGCCUCCCACCGGCCAAUUGGCAGAUGGAGUGGUGUUUAUUGUAUCGGUGGCCUUGGCCUGCACGCGAGCUGCACCGGAGACACGACCUGACAUGCGAUUCGUUGCACAGGAACUGUCUGCUCAAAUUCAGGCAUGCGUGUCUGAGUUUGGCACAAUGAAGAUGAGCGAGAUAGCAAGCCUUCAGAAGUAGCAGAUAUCAGAGCUCGAUAUGUACAACUAAACAAAAUUCUAGGUUAAUGCCUAGUUUAGAUAAAAAAUGAUAGAAUGUGAAAAUCUCAUAUCACAAAAUUGUGAGCGUGAAGUGGAACAAAAACAACUUUGUCAAGUGCCAUUGAAAGCCAUGUUACAUUGCAUCUCUUAUAUUUGACAAAUGUAAAAUAGCGACAACUUUCAUUUGGCUCACUGCUAGCAAAUAUGUAGCAAAAGCCUCAUACAAUCAUAUACACAUCACUCUCUUAUAUGCCCCAU